AAACAAGCCGCGCCAGCCAUAAUAAACUGUUUACGAGUUGGAAUCAAAUCUUGUUGAUUAAAAAUCUCUCAAUCUAUCUGUAAAAGGAUGGUCCCAAUAACAUUAUGGAACAACUUCUCAUAAAUGUGGCAGACGAGCGUUGAAAAAAUUGGAGGAGAAAAAAAAAUGUGCGAUACAGAAGAGUGUAUUUGGCUAAAACAUUUCGGCGCGGUAAAUCAAUGGCGCAGCUCCAUAGCGCAUGUGAAAUAUCGCGGAAUCUGAGGUCUGAGUUGGAAGGGGGCUUGAUAUCUCUCCCUUUUCACGGGGAUGCUCGCGAGAGGAAGUUAAGCCAGUAUACGUGCCGCGGUAGUCUAAUAUACAAGUGGAGUUGUGAGCCAGGGGUACGUUUUUGCCGAGCAGAAAAGUCAUAAAGUCAAGAUGAAGGAACACGAGGCAACGGGUGUCUGUCAGAAGAAACCAACGAAACUCCGUAACCUCAUCUACAAGACUGAGGCUUUUGACUCUCUGCAUGCGGGAAAUGCAGAGAAAACAUUGUGCUCUAGUCAAGUGUGUCUCGGUAGCGUUAUGCAGAUACCGAUUCAUGGAACAGAACCCCGUUCAAGAGAAGAGAUCCUUGUACAUGCAAAAGAUUUCCUCGAACAAUACUUUUCUUCCAUCAGAAGAUUAAAUAGCGAGGCACAUCGUAUUCGUUGGGAAAGUGUGCAAAAGGAAGUCAUGGUUCUUGGUACUUAUCAACUAACUGAAACUGAAUUAGUUUUCGGAGCGAAGUUAGCGUGGCGUAAUGCUACAAGAUGCAUCGGUCGUAUUCAAUGGUCUAAAUUGCAAGUAUUUGACUGCCGUUACGUUACGACAACUAGCGGCAUGUUUGAAGCUUUAUGCAAUCAUAUUAAAUAUAGCACGAACAAAGGAAACAUCCGAUCUGCAAUAACAAUAUUUCCGCAACGUACGGAUGGAAAACAUGAUUAUAGAGUAUGGAACCAUCAACUAAUCAAUUACGCGGGAUAUAAAAAUCCAGACGGCACUAUAAUUGGUGAUCCCGCGAAUGUCGAAUUCACUGAGCUAUGCUUGAAAUUAGGUUGGAGAAGUGCACGUACUCGUUUCGACAUACUGCCAUUAGUAUUGUCAGCAAACGGUCAUGAUCCUGAUUACUUCGACAUUCCAAGUGAACUCGUUCUCGAAGUACCUCUUAGUCAUCCAACAUAUGAUUGGUUCGAAAAGUUGGAAUUAAAAUGGUUCGCGGUUCCUGUCGUAUCUGGAAUGGUAUUCGAUUGUGGGGGAUUAGAAUUCACAGCCGCGCCAUUCAAUGGAUGGUACAUGAGCACUGAAAUUGGAUCGAGAGACUUAUGCGAUGUUCAACGAUAUAAUUUACUAGAGACAAUUGCAACUCAUAUGGGAUUGGAUACAAGAACAUCCACUUCGUUAUGGAAGGAUAAAGCUAUGAUCGAAGCUAAUGUUGCUGUUUUGCAUAGUUUUCAAGUGAAAAAUGUGACGAUUGUAGAUCACCACACUGCUUCGGAAUCUUUCAUGAAGCAUUACAAAAACGAAAUGCGAUUAAGAAAAGGAUGUCCAGCCGAUUGGCUUUGGAUCGUACCACCGAUAUCGGGAUCAGCUACGCCUGUGUUUCAUCAAGAAAUGGCUCUUUAUUAUUUAAAGCCAUCGUAUGAUGCUCAGGAUCCUGCUUGGAAGACGCACAUUUGGAAAAAAGGACGGGAUAAAAAAUCAACGUCCAAAAAACCAAGACGAAAAUUCCAUUUCAAGCAAAUUGCAAGAGCAGUAAAAUUUACGUCCAAAUUGUUUGGAAGAGCCUUAUCUCGAAGAAUAAAAGCUACAGUAUUGUUUGCCACGGAAACUGGCACAUCGCAAAUGUAUGCUGAGAAACUUAGUGAAUUAUUAGGACACGCUUUCCAUUCCCAGGUACUCUGUAUGUCAGAUUAUGACAUCAGUAAUAUAGAACAUGAAGCUUUAUUACUAGUUAUAACAUCUACCUUUGGAAACGGUGAUCCACCAGAAAAUGGCGAAGCUUUCGCACAAAAUUUAUACGCUAUGAAAAUGAAUGAAACGUACAUUAAUAGUGACAAUAAAAUAAGCUUAGCAACUUCAAAAUCGUUCAUUAAAGCAAAUAGCCAGACGGAAGUGAGCAAUUCGAAGAAACUCGAUAGAUUAGAUUCUCUUCGUGGUUCUACCACAGAUUCUCAAACGGAAGACACUUUUGGUCCUUUGAGCAACGUCAGAUUUGCUGUUUUCGCGUUGGGAUCAUCGGCAUAUCCAAACUUCUGCGCUUUCGGUCGCUAUGUAGAUAACUUAUUAGGUGAAUUAGGCGGAGAACGAUUGUUGAAAUUGGCACAAGGAAAUGAAAUGUGUGGACAGGAACAAGCUUUCAGAAAAUGGGCAGCCGAUACUCUUACUGUUGCGUGUGAAACAUUUUGCCUAGAUGACGAUGAUACUUUGCUCGAAGUUGCUUUGUCUUUAGGAUCAGAAGCUCUAUCAGCAGCAACUGUUCGUUUUGUAGAAGCUGAACCUCAACCAAUUGGGAAAGCUUUGAGCAAAUGUCAUAACAGAAACGUUACUACUUGUAAUAUGUUUCGGAAAACAAAUUUAAGCGGUGAUUCAUCAAGUGGAACUACGUUACUCUUGGAACUUGACGAUAUGGCAAGUAUGGAGAUAUCAUAUAAACCUGGUGAUCAUUUAGGAGUUUUUGCAUGUAAUAGAUCAGAAUUGGUCGAAGCAAUUUUGAAACGAGUACAAACUCCCUUUGAUUUAAAUACACCGAUCGAAUUACAAGUGCAGAAGCAAUCUCAUACUCCGAAUGGAAUCGUAAAAACAUGGAUGACUCACGAUAGAUACUUACCUAACUCCUUGAGAAUACUACUAAAAAGAUUUCUAGAUAUCACAACACCACCAACACCGAAUCUUCUUAGAUACUUCGCGUCAAUUGCUACUGAUCCAAAAGAACAAGCUCAACUCAAUCUUUUAGCUUCUGAUUCAGCAGCAUACGAGGAUUGGAGACAUUGGAAAUUCCCUAAUUUAGUAGAAGUAUUAGAUGAAUUCCCAUCCGUAACACCUUUCGCGCCCUUAUUAUUACUCCAUUUAACUCCUUUGCAACCGAGAUUUUACAGUAUUUCUUCUUCUCCGAAUGUACAUCAAGGACAAAUACAUCUUACCGUUGCUACUGUACAAUAUAAAACACAAGGCGGUUCUGGGCCAGUUCAUUAUGGAGUUUGUUCUAAUUAUCUACGCGAGAUAUCAGAUGGGGAACCUUUGUAUGUAUUUGUACGUAGUGCGCCUAACUUUUAUAUGCCAAUUGAACAAAAAGCACCAAUGAUAUUGGUUGGUCCAGGAACUGGAAUUGCCCCCUUCCGAGGUUUUUGGUAUCAUCGCCUCGCAGAGAUGAAGCAACAACCAGAUCUUAAGUAUGGAAAAGUCUGGCUAUUCUUUGGUUGCCGUCAAAGAAACUUAGAUUUGUAUAGGCAAGAAAAAGAAGAAAUGGUAAAGGCUGGUGUCCUAGACAAGGUUUUUUUAGCUCUUUCACGAGAACCCGGAUUGAAAAAAACAUACGUACAAGAUCUAAUUCAAGCAGAAGCCUCACAAAUUUACGAUAUGUUAGUAUACGAAGGAGGUCAUUUUUAUGUUUGUGGUGAUUGUACAAUGGCAGAAGACGUUUACCAAACUUUGAAACAUAUUAUACAAACUCAUGGUGAAAUGACUGAUAAGCAAGUCGAGGCAUACAUGUUAUCAUUACGCGUAAGCUGUUGUUACAAUUUUGCUACUAAAUAUUAAAUUUCAAUUACAUAUAUAAUUGAUUUUUAGGAUGAAAAUCGUUAUCAUGAGGAUAUAUUUGGUAUAACUUUAAGAACAGCAGAAGUACAUAAUCGAUCGAGGGAAACAGCAAGAAAUAGAAUGGCUGCAGAGCCUUAAGUGUCGUUGUAACAUACAUGUAAUCUUGAUCAAAAUUUUAAACAAUUCUGUAGAUAGUUCUCAAUUAUGCAUAUUAUGCAUUCUUUAUGCAGAAAUUAAAUUGAAAAUUAUUGAAAUAUUCUUAUUCUCUAACAUAUCGUACUACUAUAUAAUUUACUAUAAUUUCAUGAUCAAUUAUAAUAUACAAGUUUCUAAUAUACGCGUAUAUUUUUGAUGAUAAAUUACUUAGAUUUAAAUUAAAUACUAGAAAGAUUAGUGUAUCUUUGUUUCUAGUAUAAAAACAAUAAAAUUACAUAUCGAGAUAAUCUUGCUCAUUAUGAAGUUAAUCAAUGUUUCAACUGAUUCAUAUUAGCAAUAGCGUUAUUACAAAGAUAUAAAACGUGUAAUAUAAAAAAUUAAAUAUAUUUCAUUGCAUUCAUUAA